GAGGUCAGAGUUGAACUCUGUUAGGAAACAUGCUUUUGUAACAUCCUGUAGCAGCUUUUUACCUAAGCUUCAACCUUUCAAAACAGCACCGACAAGCGCAGCUCAGGUUCGGCGAACACUAAGACACAGCCAUGUUACUCUCUUCAGUGCGGACGUCGGUCUUUUGUAGCUGCAGACACGCUAACAGGGGAUUUCAACACAGCAGUGUGAGUAUAAAGCUAACAUUAGCCGUUAACAUAAGCAGGAAAAAGGUCAGACGCUGUAGGAAAAACGUCAACCCUUUACUCUGAUAACAGCAGCUAAAUUCACCUCAAAUGACCCUUUAUAAGCAUUACAGUGGAAAUUAGAUAUCAGAGCUGAUUCAUAAACCAGGUUACUGCUCCGUUUGUCAGCUGAAAUGUGUUGAAAUCUCUCUGACAUCUUACUCUAACAUCCAUAAGUGAUAUUUGCAUCAUGCUUGUAUUGUGAAUAUUACAGCGUGGAUUCAGGAGAGAGGGUGCAGGUGAUAUUUAUUUUUAUUUAUUGAUUGGAGAUCAUCUUUUUUUCAACGAUUACUCAAUACGGCGAAAUUUCAAGAAUAAAGUAAUUACUAAGGAGCAUAUAGUCGUAAUAAAGUGGAGCGACUCCCCUUUUCAUUGGCAAUUUGUAUAGUCUACUAAAACAUGGCAGAAUGCCGACUAUCGAAAAGCAUAUUGACCAUGUUUCAUUUUGAUAUCGAGGGACAUUUUUUUUGAUAUAUAUCAUUAUCGUUUUAUCGCCCAGCCUUACUUUCCUCAUCCUCUUUUUGUCCUUCUGCUUUACUAUCAAACACCUGCUCCUCCUGCAUCUCUCCAUCACACUACUGCUGAGCUUAACUUCCUCCAUGAAAGUUUGCACUGCUCAUUAUUUAUGCCUUAGUUUUUAGUCCAGUAUUAUUUCAACUUAACUCUAUUGUCUUUUUUUUUUUUUAAUCAGAGAAAUCCACAGCUACGUCAAUGGCUCGUGAAGAGAAGUCAGAGCACCAUCACAGCAGAGGUGGGGGCCUCCUCCACACCCACAGCAGCUACUGUCCCAAACGCAGCAACAAAUCGCAUACUAGGUCGCUGGUUACUCGGCUGUAGUGGGCUGGUGGUGGGCGCAGUUGUUUUGGGAGGUGUCACGAGGUAAAAGAGGUUUUUUUUAUGUGUAUAUGAUUAUCAUCUUUGUGUACUUUUAAACAUGUACUUACUGUGCAUUGUUUUCCUAGACUAACAGAAUCCGGGCUCUCCAUGGUGGACUGGCAUCUGGUGAGAGAGAUGAAGCCGCCACAGUCACAGGCAGAGUGGGAGGCUGAAUUUUCCAAGUACCAACAGUUUCCAGAAUUUAAAAUGUAAGGCAACAUCUUAUCUCUUACAUCGUUAUUACACACUUGUAAAUUUUCAGAGAUGCACCAUUACAGUUAAUGACAGUUUAACUGCCCUAGGUUUGGAAAUAGAUCAAGAUAUGAGAUUAAAAAACUAUGUUCAAAUUUGAAUAAAAGAUCAAUACUUGUUUCUCCAGAAUGAAUCAUGACAUGACCCUGCCAGAGUUUAAGUUCAUCUUCUACAUGGAGUGGGGACACCGUAUGUGGGGAAGGCUGGUCGGACUCGCAUACAUCCUCCCCACCAUUUACUUCUGGAGGAAAGGAUACUUCACCCGCUCCAUGAAGGGAAAGGUGCUGGGGCUUUGUGGAUUUGUCUUCUUCCAGGUGAGUGCAACAGUGCCGAUGUAACCUUACUGAACCUUUUGUUUUUAGUAGAUAUAAUGUCAGGAACAUAUUAAAAGACUGUACCAUCAUGUGUGUCUCUCAGGGUCUCUUAGGGUGGUACAUGGUAAAAAGUGGUCUGGAGGAGAAACCCGAGUCGUAUGACAUCCCUCGUGUCAGUCAGUACCGCCUAAGUGCCCACCUCGGUUCAGCCUUACUGCUCUACUGUGCCAGUCUUUGGACAGGUCUCACUCUGCUGCUGCCUGUACACAAGGUACAGAGUAAACCCCUCUCCAUUGGUCCACACCUGUUACAGUUUCUGUUUGCACUCUUGUGAACUUGGUCUGUGUGGCACCUCUUUGACAGAUGGCAGAAACCAAAAGACUCCUGACGCUUAGGAGGUUUGCAAAGGGCACUGGUGGUCUUGUCUUCCUCACUGCUCUUUCAGGUACUUUAUUGUCUUGUAUAAAUGUUAUAUUUUAGUAAACAUGAAAGGGUGGGUGUAUGCUUUCAGUUUUAAUAAAAAGCUCAGGUAUUACAGCAUAUGCAAAAGGUUGAUAGGUAUAUAAUAAUCCGGAGUUUUUGAAGUGUUUAAUUCUCGCCAUACUUAUGCUGCUCUCUUUGAACCACUGUAACCAGGUGCUUUUGUUGCUGGUUUGGAUGCCGGCCUGGUGUACAACUCCUUCCCUAAGAUGGGGGAGCGGUGGAUCCCGGAUGAUCUGCUGGCUUUCUCCCCAGCCCUCAAGAACUUCUUUGAAAAUCCCACAACUGUCCAGUUCGACCACAGAGUUCUGGUAAGAAAUCAAAGCGCCUGCCUUUAAUUGAAACAUCAUCUUUCAGUUUUUCUCAUGCCAGUUGGUAAAGGAGUUUUUCUUUCUCUCUUGACUUUUUAGGCUAUCUCAUCUUUGACGGCGAUCACAGGUCUCUAUCUGUUCUCAAGGCGGAUGAUGAUUCCUCGGAGAGCCAAGAUCGCAAUAAGCCUCCUCACAGCGAUGGCUUAUGGACAGGUAUGCUGGCAGUAAGCCCUGACACAUGAACUAAAAAGACUUCACCUCUCAUUCUUGACAGUCUGUGUGCUUUUGCUCUUCAGGUCGCCCUCGGUAUCAGCACCUUGUUACUGUACGUUCCCACUCCACUGGCAGCGACUCACCAGUCCGGCUCUGUGGCUCUUCUCUCGCUGGCAAUCUGGGUUCUGGCAGAGCUCCGCAAGAUGCCCAAGUAGAUGUUUGCUCUAAUGUGGACAAAUCCAGUCUCUCCUAGCCACAACUGAAGCCCUUUCAAGAGUCAUCACUGCUGUCAUGAAGAAUCCUCUCGCUGUCUAAUUUGAAAACAUGGAGGCGUUAAACACUGAGAAGUGUUUUAAUUCUGCUACUCGACUUUUAUGCUGAAGCAAUUAUCCUGAAGUGCUACAAAUUCAUCACACCUUUAUCAAAGCAGAGCUGUGUUUUUUUUUUUUUUGAGUGUUUUUUGAGUGAGUGAGAGAACAAGAAUACAUCAAGGCUGUCAGCGAGGAACUGGCUGAGCCGUUCGUGGAUGAAUGCCGUGAUCAGAGGACGCCGAGGAAGUGUGAGCUGUUCAAACACGGAUGAAGAAGAAAGCAGAACAAGCUUAAUGUGACUUUCUACUCUGCUUUAAAAGAGCAGCAGAAGGAUUUUGAUUGAAGGGUACAUGUUUCACUUUUGCCAGAUUUCUGCAGGAAUGUGCUAAGUUGACUGAUUUGCAGAUGAUGAUGUUUAUGUACGAAGUUUCACAGAAUAUUACCAAGCGCUUGCUCGCCUUCUUUUCAUAAUCAGACGUGGCUGUUGGGAUCAAAUGUGUAAUUAUGUAUAUUUAAGUUAUGAAACAUCGCUAAAGUUGGAUAAAUUAUACGGCAAAAACACUUGAUCUUUGCUUUGUACUGUAUAUUUUGAAAUGUAAAGCUGAAAGCACUGUCUUACGUGAAUAAAGACGAUUACGUACAGCCUUUAAAAUUCAAACUCCA